UAAUUUAUUUUUUCUUCCCAAGUUCCCAUCGUCCCUGAAGAAACAAAAGAAGCCCUAAAACCUUAAACCUCCAAGAGGCUCAACGAUGGCGACAACCACAAAGCUUCUUCAAUUCCGCCCGAAACUCAAACACUUUUCUGAACCAAAACUAAAGUUCUUCUCUUCUUCUUCUUCUUCUUCUUCUUCUUCUUCUUCUUCUUCUUCUUCUUCUUCUUCUUCUUCUUCUUCUUCUUCUUCUUCUACAUCAAAUCCGAAUCCUGAACACACCGAAACACCUACAUCCGAGCCCAACCAAACACCUACACCUAAACCAUUCUCUUUUUCAUCUAUUGUCAAUAAUCCCCAAAACCCAUCUUCACAAGCUUCAGCUUUUGACGAAGUAAGAAAAAGCCUUGCAGGAUUCCGUAGCCGUUCUGGUUCAGCACCAUCACCUCAGUCAUUUCAAGAACUAUAUCAAAGAAAUGUCAAUAAUGUCAGGUCUGAAGUUCCUUACAAUGCGAAUCAGAGACCACCCCCAACUGGAAAUGUUGGGUUCAAUGCUAUUAGUGCAAGCCUGCGUAACUUAAGCGUGAAUAACAACUACAAUAACAGCCAGAAUGAGAGUAGAGGGAAGUUGUAUGAAUCGUUAUCACUUUCGCGAUAUACGGAGAGUUUUAAGUUGAGACCUGAUAUGGGUAAAGAUGUGAAAAGGUCGGGAAUGGUGAUUGGUGGGAGUGGGAAUUUGCCUGCAUCUUUUUAUCGGAAGGAGAUGAUGAGGGAUAAAGAGGGUGAUAAGGAAGGGAUGAAGAUGGAGUUAACUAGGAAUUAUAGGCAUGGUGAAUUAGGAGAGAAGUUGAAAAUGUUGAGGCCGAUAAAGAAGGAGGAGAAAGGUUGGUUUUCGUUGCAUGAGUUGAACGACAGAUUGAUGAAGGUGAGGGAAGCUGAUGAGAUUGAGAGCAAGACGAUGGUAGCUGGUGUCGUGUAUAAGGAUUUGAAAGAGUCUCUUUAUCUAAUAAGUCAGAAUGGUGAUUCAAAGCCUAAGAAGACAAUGAUUCAGAGACUUGAUGUCUUGGGGCAGCUGGGUGGUACUCCAAGCUUUAUGUUGCAUCCACCAAAAGAACACUUGGUUGAAAAGUUCUUUCACCCAGAUAACAUGUCAUCUGGGGAAAAAAUGAAACUGGAGCUACAAAAAGUUAGAGAUGAAUUUAAAAUGUCAGAGUCGGAUUGUGGAUCUGCUCGUGUUCAAGUGGCUCAACUUACAACAAAAAUAAAGCACCUAUCUUCAGUUCUUCACAAAAAAGAUAAGCACUCUCGUAAGGGUCUACAACAAAUGGUUCAAAAUAGGAAGAAGUUAUUGAAGUAUCUGCGAAGGACAGAUUGGGACUCUUACUGCCUCGUUCUUUCUAAGCUUGGCCUCCGAGACAACCCAGAUUACAAGUUCUAGACAAGCACGUAUGACAUAGUACUUGAAUGCAGUUUUUCUUGGGCAGAUUGCCGGAAGCUUAUUCCAUACUAAAACUUUUCCUCUCGUUUUGGGGUGGAGAGGCGAUGAGGGGGUCGGACUUUUGUUGUUUGGUUCACUGCCUCCCAAGGGAAGCUCAUAACUGAUCUUUGAAAGGAGAGCCAAAUGUAAGAUACCAUGUUUUUAAUUUAUUUUUAAUCUUUUUAUAACAACGGUGUCUAGAAUAACUUGCACACACCAGGACGUGUAUCUAACUCUGUGUACCGGGGGCUCAUGACAUUUUUACCUUGUGAUAGUUUGAGGAGUGAAAUUAGCAGUAAUUGGUCUUCAAGAACCACAAUAUAUUUUCCUUGUUUGAAUUGUAGUUGGAUUUUAGCAACCUAUGUUGCUCAGACUCUUCAAAAAUGUCAACAGGUGUGCUGGAUUCUCCAAAAGUAGUAUAUUUUUAGAGAAUCCGACAUGGGUGUGGCAUCAAAAGUGAAGAGUCCGCACAACUUAGGUGGCAAAUGGCAAGGUGUUGAUUGAUUAUU